AUGUCAUCUUCUUCGACUUCUGAUCUUCUACGGUUAAUGCGCAGUGCCUCCGUCGUUAAAUUCUGGUGCUUACUUCACCUAAUAAAUGCUCUACCUUUUCUAAUUUUUGAUUUAUUACAGAACUAUUCAGAUUAUGUGGGCAAGAAGAGUACAUUUCGUCUCCUUAAUAGGGGAUCUGCCAAAGCUCUUGAUAAAGUUGUGGAGUUAGAUGAAAUGAGGAAGGAGGCCUUGAUCAUUAAAACAACAAUUCAUGACAUUAUGAACAAAAUGAUAUGGGAAAUUCCAAUAAAAAAUCAUGUAUAUCUCAUGUUAGGUGCAUCCUUUGGUUCAGCAGCAAAAGGAACUGGGCUCAAGGCUCUUGAAUUUGCUCUGUCUAUUUGUGAAUCCGUAGAUAUGUAUGGUUUCACUGUGGAUCCCGGUUAUAAAGAAUGGACUAGAUAUUUCUCCGAAUCUCGACAAGGUCAUACUCCUUUGCAUGGUAGAGCUUACUAUCAAAUGAUGGAGUGUUUGGGACUUAUCAAAAUUCAUUCUCCCAUGCGAGCUGAUCCAAAUCGUGUUGUAAAAUGGGUACCAAGCAGUGGCACAAUUAGAGCCGCUAGAAUCGCAUCAGAGAAAUUAUUGACGAGGGUUGGAGCAGGGUCUGGAGACCCAUUAGCCGCAUGCUCAAUUAUUAAGGGGAGAGUUGAGAGGAAGCCUAUAGCAUUGUCAAACCUCAGAAAGGCUGCUGCUGACCAUCAAAAAUUUGUGAAGGGCACAACCAUGUACCCUUUGGAGCAGAGUCUCGGACAUGGGGCACUUUGCACAGUGCCAGCAAAUCGAAUCACCUAAAUUGUUCCCCUACCUAUAAAUAUCAUGCUUUACACGAUUUUUUUUAUGCGAAGAGAUAAUUGAGAGAGCCUAUUCCUUUCUUGAGCUUAAGCUUUCUUGCUUCUUUCCUUAUUGUCAAACCACUAUGAAAUCUUAAAUUCUC